AUGGCUAACAACAGCAAUGCUGAAGCUUUCAAAGGCACGUGGGAUUAUGUUGAUGGUGAAAAUAAUGAUGAAUAUUUGAAAGAAAUUGGUGUUGGUAUGAUGGGACGUUUAGCAGCUAAAGGACUUAAACCACGUUUAGUUAUUAGUGAAGAGCAUGGAAAAUGGGCAGUUCGUACAGAAACUACUGUAAAAACAAUGACAUUAGAAUUCACUCCUAAUGUUGAAUAUAAAGAAACAACAGGCGAUGGACGUGAACUCAAAGGAACUGUUCGUUUUGAAAAUGGUAAAUGGAUUCAAAAGAUGCAUGACAAGCAUGGUAAAGAAUCGACGACAACGCGUUGGAUAGACGAAAAAGGUCAAUUACAAAGUGUUUCAGAAUGUGGAAAAGUCAAAGCUCAAAAAUUUUACAAACGUGUUCAGUAG